AUGGUCGGCCUCAACAGCGUUUUACUGCUCUCGCUAUUUGGACUUAGCAGAGCUGCCCCAUCGAGAAGCGAAAUAUCCCCGGAUAGGACUAUCAAGCCGCGUGCUGCUUGCACGCCCACUGCUGGUGGAAGCUCCUCGACCGACGAUGUUCCAGCAAUUCAGGAAGCGAUCACAUCAUGCGGUGAUGGAGGUACGAUCGUAAUCCCGGCCGAUACGACAUAUUACUUGAAUAGCGUGCUCGAUUUCAAGGGCUGCUCGAACUGUGACUUCCAGGUGGAAGGGUUGCUCCAGUUUACCAGCUCCACAGAUUACUGGAAUGGAAAGACGGCCAUGAUCAGUGUCUCGGAUAUUGACGGGCUGAAGCUUCGCUCGGUAACGGGCUCUGGAGUUAUUGAUGGGAAUGGCCAAGAGUCAUGGGAUAAAUUUGCAGAGGACAGCAGCUACAAGCGCCCGACCCUACUUUACAUCACCGGGGGCAGCAAUAUCGAGGUCUCUGGACUUCGACAGAAGAAUCCGCCAAACGUGUUCAUUUCUGUCAAAGGCGACACAUCAAAUGCCCAGUUUACGAGUCUGACUAUGGAUGCCACCUCAGAGUCGGACAAUCUUCCGAAGAAUACAGACGCCUUUGACAUAGGCGCCAGUACCGAUGUCAUCAUCUCAUCCGUCGCUAUCACAAACGACGAUGACUGUGUGGCUUUCAAGCCUGGCGCAAACUACGUAACCGUUGAGGAUGUGACGUGCACAGGGUCUCAUGGCAUAUCGGUGGGCUCACUUGGGAAGUCCAGCGAUGAUAUCGUCCAGAACGUUUAUGCUCGCAACAUAACAAUGAUCAACUCGAGCAAAGCAGCAGGCAUCAAAACCUACCCUAGUGGUGGAGACCAUGGCGUGUCAGCGGUGAAGAAUGCCACAUUUGAAGACUUCAUUGUCGACGGCUGUGAUUAUGCCUUCCAGAUUCAAAGCUGCUAUGGCGAAGAUGAUGAAUAUUGUGAAGAAAAUCCUGGCAAUGCCGUGCUGGAAGGCAUUGUUGUUAAGGGAUUUACGGGCACCACGAGUGCCAAGGAGGACCCUGUGGUAGCAAAUCUGAAUUGUGGCUCUAAGGGCACUUGCGAUGUCACCAUCAGUGGCUUCGAGGUGAAAGCUCCAUCGGGAGAUGCAAAGAUUCUGUGUGGCAACACUCCUUCAGACCUCGGCGUCACCUGUACCUCAGGUGCAUCUGGGUAA